AGGCCCUAGGGUUCGGUUUAGCAGCCGCAGACGCAGAGUGAGGAAGCCCGGGGUGGUAGGAACUAAGAGCAAGAGCAGCGACAAUGGUGGAGAAGACAGGCAAAGGAAGGCAAGAAGAGGUUGUUACUCGCGAGUACACAAUCAACCUCCACAAGCGCUUGCAUGGCUGCACAUUCAAGAAGAAGGCACCAAAAGCCAUAAAGGAGAUCAGAAAGUUUGCUCAAAAGGCUAUGGGGACUACUGAUGUUAGAGUUGAUGUGAAGCUUAACAAGCAUGUAUGGAGUCGUGGUAUUCGUAGUGUGCCAAGGAGAGUUCGCGUUCGCGUUGCACGAAAGAGAAAUGAUGAGGAAGAUGCCAAAGAGGAGUUUUUCUCCCUUGUUACUGUUGCUGAGAUCCCUCCAGAAGGAUUGAGGGGGUUGGGAACCAAAGUUAUCGAUGAAGAGGAUUGAAAUAGUGUUGUGCCCUAGUUAAGACUGGAAUUCUUAGUUAUAUUUUUGUUUAAUUUAGUAAAUUUUGUUUCUUUCUGGAAUUCUCUAAACGACAUCCGGGCUGAUAAAGUAUUUGAACUUAUUGUCACUUAUGCGGUUAGCUUGAUCUCUUAAAUUACCUUCGUGCGAUGAAAACCUGGCAGUUUGGUGUGGGAAAUUAUUGUUUCACAUGAGCUAUAUUUAAGAACAUUUUCCAUUGUCAAGCUUCAAUAGAUGUGAUAUAAAUUGUUAAUAAGGAAUUGUUAGGAUUAUUCCCAUUGAAUGA